GGGGCUCUCACGCUGCGACACCGGCCGCACCCCGCCGCCUUCUGCCUUCACCGCUUCCUCAGCGGUACCGGCUCUCCGGCUCCUGCCGUCAGGCACUGAGCGGGGCAGCCCGGCGGCGCUCAGGCACUGCGCGGGCAGCCCGGCGCGGCAGGGCCCCGCUCGGAGGCCCCAGAGGCGGGAGCCGGUGGCGGCGGCGGGCGCCAUGUCAGUGAGCGCCAUGUUCGUGGCGCUGCAGGGCGCGCUCACGGCCGACCAGGACAUCCGAGAGGAGAUCCGGAAGGUCGUGCAGGCGCUGGAGCAGACGGCCCGAGAGAUGCUGACGCUGCUGCAGGGGGUGCACCAAGGGGCCGGCUUCCAGGACAUACCAAAGAAAUGUCAGAAGGCUCGGGAACACUUCGGUACAGUAAGAACACAGAUGGAAUCUCUGAAGACCAAGUUUCCUGCUGAUCAGUAUUACAGAUUUCAUGAGCACUGGAGGUUUGUGCUUCAGCGGUUGGUGUUUCUGGCAGCGUUUGUAGUCUACUUGGAGACAGAAACGUUGGUGACCCGAGAAGCUGUUGCAGAAAUACUUGGGAUUGAAGCUGAUCGGGAGAGGGGCUUUCACCUGGACAUUGAAGACUACCUUUCUGGUGUAUUAACUCUCGCCAGUGAGCUGGCCAGACUGGCAGUGAACAGCGUCACGGCCGGUGACUAUUCUCGCCCUCUGCGCAUCUCAACUUUUAUCAACGAGCUGGAUUCUGGCUUCCGUCUCCUCAACUUGAAGAACGACUCCCUGAGGAAGCGUUACGACGGCCUGAAAUACGACGUCAAGAAAAUUGAGGAAGUGGUUUAUGACUUGUCGAUCAGAGGACUCAAUAAGGAGGCAACGAGUGGUGCGGGUGGAGAGAAAUGAAGGAUGCUCACUGUAACGGCAUCGUUGAUUACCUCAAAUGGUUGCCAAGUUAGGAGGCGUGCUAGCAAAGCCUUCCUGCAGUAGUUUAGAAGAACUGCAGCCGAUAGCUGCUCUCUAUUUUCUUACAAAAGGUGUAGUAUGGGUGUUAGAUCUCAGAAUGUUUUGUAAAAUCACGUGUAGGUUAGCGCAGCAAGCCCUCUGCUCCCAGUUAAAUUCCUCUGUCAGAACACACGUUGCUGCUCUGUGCGCAGUGGCGGUCAGUGACUCCAUGAGCCAAACCUCUCACUGGUUCUGUAGUGCUGCUUCAGUGCCCGGGGAGCUGCGUGCUGCAGCUGUUUCUACUCACGCCCCUUUACAGAUGUGUGCACACAUAGCUCAGUGCAGAUACAUGGCAUCUUAAAAACACAGACUGUAAGUAUCUGCGUGGGUUUUUUAAGACACUGGGUUUUUUUGCUUUUUUAAUUUUCACUUACUUCAAUUAAGUUGAACAGAUUUGCAUAACUGUUUAUUAUCCAGAUCUUUUACAAUGGCUUCAGUUAGUUUAUCUCCCCUCGGAAUCGAUGUGUUACACCUGGGCACAUCUGUCUCAUUUUUUCCCUCCAAGGUGCCUGCUACCAGAGCGUACAAGGCUUUCUCAAGUAUCUGCUUUCGCUGCCUGCUGUCUCAUUGACUGACGUGAGUAAAUUCUGAGUUUACUCAUGAGUAACUCUGAGUUUACUCAGUCUUUUACUUUAGGAACUCUGUAGCUUUUCAUUUUCUUUUGAACUAGCAAAGUUUCUGAGUAGAGAAGUGUUAACUGACAACCUGCAGGUAGCAUUUGAGUUCUAACAACCUACACAGGCCAUGAUUGUACCUGUUUCCUGGGUUUGAAAAAAAAAAAGUUCACGUAGUAAAAUGUUUGUGUGUCCCCAGAAAGGGAAAUCAUUACUUUCAGAUACUUGGCGUGUAAGAUAUUUGCAGAUACCAGCAGCCUUUUCCAUCUGUGUAAGUGGGCAGAAUCCUAGCUCCCAGUUUGUUAGUUCCCUUGUCCUCAAUGACUUUGAGUCUUUCCACUUUCUUACUUCAGGGGGUGCACUAGCGCAGGAGAGAAACAACUUGUUUGGGAGGAGGAAUAUUUCCAGAGGAUGAAUAUGAACAAUCAAGCUUACGUGGGCUAGUUAGUGUUUCAUUUAGUUGACGAACGUUUCCCAUUGUUUCAGUUACGUUUUUAUUUUGUUUAUUGGAAGAAAAUGGUUUCUUGGUUACUUUGGCCAAUAAAAACUGUUCUUUGGCCAUUUGGUAA